AUGGCGGAUGAAAGCAUAUCUGGUAGGGUUACAAGAGGUAUCCCACAUACUCUUCAAAAUUUAGAUUCCCCUUCUUUUGAUUUGGGUAUUUCUCAGCAACAAUAUGAUGUUGAUGCAGCUUCUGCUGAGAAAUUGGUUGCUGAAAGGAGAUCUAAGAAAAUCCAUGAUCCUGCUAGAAUAAAAAAUCCUUCAACUAGGAGAAAAACAUCUGAUGUUGCUUAUAGUAGCAAAGGGAAGAAUGUUGUAGAGACAGAUACCGGAGAACAACAAUUAACUAUGAACAAGCAGGCCUCCAAAUUCCUGGUUAAACGUCCCCCCACUCUACCGAUACGUUAUGCUUCAUAUAUGAACCAUAACAUUAAAGAUGAGUUGAAGGACAAACUGACUGAUAGACAACUCAAGCUAUUUUCCAAAACUGUUUUUGGACAAUAUAUGCAGAUGCAAGUUGACACCGAGGUGCAGGGUCAGUUAUUUAGGUGUUUUAUGGUUAGGGAGUUGAAGCGUGGUAAUAGAGAUGCGUUUGUUAUCGAUAUUAAUGGGACGGAAUUGACAUUCGGUCUUUUUGAAUUUGCUUUAAUUACUGGUUUGAAGUGUUACGGGGAUGAAGUUGUUUUUGACGAGGGUCCUAACAGAUUGUUGGAUGAAUAUUUCGGUGGUUCUGGUAAUAGUGUUUUAAAGAUGACUUUAAAUAAGUGCUUUGAAGACAAGGAUUGGGGUGUUGGUGAUAACGCAGAUGAAGAUGGUGUAAAGAUUGCGAUCCUGUAUUUCAUUCAUAAUUACAUACUUUCAAGUGAAAAGAGGAACGUCACAGUCCCAAGACAUCAUUUUGACUUGGUGGAGAGUGAACAGUACAAUGAAUAUACAUGGGGUAAGGAAGCAUUUGAUGAUUUGAUUAAGAGUAUUCACCACAAGAUGGACAAGCCGAAGCAGUUUUAUUGUCUACGGGGUUUCCCUUUUGCUAUGCAAGUGUGGAUAUAUGAGUGCUGCUAUAAUGUUGACCCUAAUUUAAUGGUUAAAACCGGAAGCCGAAUCCCAAGAAUGUUUAAUUGGAGAACAGUGAACCAAAAGCCAUUUGUUAACCACUUGAUGUUGGGCAUGUUUAAGAACGGUGAGGACAUUUGUUGUAAAUUCAACAACAUUGUUCCGACCAUGUUAGAGGUUGAGAAGCUUGGUCUGCGUGCAUACCUGGUCAACAGACUUGCACCACCACCCCAAACACACCAAGAGGAGGAAAAUGAAUAUGCAGAUUUUACCACAACACCUCCCCAUGUUGCCGCUGCCAAGAAAACUCAAAAGAACGAUGCUUCAAAAUCUCCAUCGCACAAGAAGCCUAGGAAGAUGUCGACGGCAGCAUUGCUUGUUCAAAAGUCACCAACCACAAUCCCAAAAAAAUCUACAGUUGGACAAUCAUCUAAAAAAUCUGCUUCGGUGGUAGAUAAGCCGGUUCAAUCAAAGGAAAAAGAAAAAGCUGCUCCAAGUGUCCACCGCGUUUCUGUUGACGACGUAUCCACCAGCAAAUCAGUUGACUUCACAAGUUUGAGACAAGAACUUAAACAAUUUAAGCAGGAAGUGCUUGCUGAAUUCAAGGUUGUUUUUACUGAGCUCAAGGAUCUUCGCAAAAUUAUUGAUAAAAAUUUCGAAAAGGUUUUGGAACAUGUCAAAGGGAAACAAAACUCAGAAAAGGAUGAUGACAGUGAAACUCAUGUUCCUUUACAUGAUGGCAACAUACAUCAACAAGAUGAUGAUUACAUGGACCAUGGCGACGAUAUUCACAUGGAGACUGAUACGGGUGAUGUGCGUCCAACAGAGAUUCAUGUAAUUUUAUAUACUUUGGCUUGUGUUUUUUAUAAGGAGAAGGGUCUUGCACCGGAUAUUCAAAUCGGCAUUGGCAAUGACAGCGGCGAUAUGCUGAAAGCUUCAACCGAAGAGAUUGCGGAAGGAGGUGAUCUUUCAGGAGAACCGAAGACUUCGGUUGAACGUCCGGCUGAUCCAACAGAGGAAAAGGGUCUUGCACCGGAUAUUCAAGUUGAUAUUGGCAAAGAGAGCGGCGAUACGAUGGAAGCUUCAACCGAAGAGAUUGCAGAAGGAGGUGAUCUUUCAGGAGAACCAAAGACUUCGGUUGAACGCUCGGGGAAACAUACUGUGGAAGAGCAAAAAUGUUCUGAUGAUUCAAAUAAUUUCGAGAUGAUCGCACAGGUGCUAGCAAAUAUAGCAGAAUCAGAAAUGACUAACGAACAAGUUCAUGAGGAAAAAACUAAGGAAAACACCAGCUCAACUGUCUUAGAGGAACCCCAGGCAGCAGUUUGUAACGCGCAGCCGUUGUCUCAGUGGUUGUUGCCUGAUGAGUAUUUACCAAGCCAAACCCCAGGGAAAGAAAUCAUGUUACAUCCAUCAACCAAAUACACAAGUAGUAGUUCGGGAAAGGAUCAUGUUCAUGUGUUUGAUAAAAAAUAUCCAUUCCAGCAAGAUCCCAUUACUGGUCCACUUGAUGUACAGAUGGUGGAUGAAUACCGUAUUUGGCUUCGAAACGGUCUGCUUGUGAGGCACGAUAGCAAAAAGAACUACGAAGACCAUUACAAAAAAAAAAUGGCAGUUUUUGACAAUGGAGUCAAAUUCAAUUUUGGCAUCACAAUUGUCAAUGAUAAGAACUGGUUUUACCUGUUAUCGAUGGAUGGUCAGCUUUGGAAUGACGAGCACAUUGACGUCAUUUUCUAUUACUUUCGGAAGAAAGGAAAGUAUGAUAAAAGGAACAAUUUCAGCUUCACCACUGUUGACUGCCUAUUCAAGCAGAGAAUUGAUGUGGUCCACCACGCAUAUCGCAAUGUUGAAACCCAGACAAAUGUGGCAAAUGAAGAGCAAGUAUUGAUUGAGUAUGUUAAGGGCCACAGACUUAUUGCCAAUGUCCCGUGGCAUACGGUUGACAACGUGCUAAUACCGAUGAAUAUACAAGAAGAAAAUCAUUGGUUAUUGGUAAUCCUUUCAUUCAAGGACAGGCGUCUGUAUGUUUACAACUCGUAUCAAUCAGCUGGGCACAACGCAGUUGUUAGGAAUGAAAUAAAAAAGCUUGCUACACUUCUGUCACAUUUCCUACAUCUGGCUAGAUUCUAUGUAAAUCAAAAAAGCAUAGAUUUGGUGAAAGACCCAACAUAUGCGGAUAAGGGACAGAUCGAUAUCCUUGAAGUUGUCUAUGUUGAUAAUCUGCCGCAUCAAACUGCUGGUAGCACGGACUGUGGUGUCUUCGUGGCAGCGUAUGCUGAGUAUUUGACAUCGGGUGAAAGGAUUCCAGAUGUCAUUGAUGCACACAUGCAACGUAUGAGAUACGGUGCACUCUUAUGGGACUACACUGAAGGCAAGGUUGCUGACAAAACAGAGAGUGAUAAUGAAGUUCCACCAAGACCGAUUAGGCCAGCAAUCGAUUACGACACUGUAGAUGCAAUUGAUGUUUGA